GUGUAUCUCUGAGGUCCGGCUUUUGGCGUCGGGGGAAUUGGCGUGCACGAUAACUCAGUCUGAGUUGCAUGAACCUGCCCACUGGCCCGGUUUGGAGCUUCGUGCAGCCGCACGAGCCUGCAUCUCGUCCAGUGGGCAGGAUUAUUGCCCAGGGGCAGCGCAACGAAAAUCAGGCCGUUUCUCGUCUUCGAAGCACGAAAUCUCGGCGCGAGGUGCCUAAACGUGCCCAGUGGACGAGCUGCUGCCCGACGACGUCAGGUACGAGCUGCGGUCGAAAAAAAGGGUGUCGGCGACCGAAUAUUGAACGAAUGGUGCGCCUCAUUCGUUUCGAGCGAGAUCGAAUGGGUCGCACCAUUCGACGAAUCUUGGGGCUGCGAACCAGCUGACUGCGGAUUAUCGUUCUACCCCAGCUGCUCGGCGAUAUUGCGGAGGAGAGGGCCACACAGCGUCCGGUAUCGGGCGGGGGAGGGGGCAUCGAAGGGCUGCUGCAGCAAAAGGGGGCAUUUUCUCGCGACGCCGAUGUCGGCGCGCAACGCACCCAGCGCAACUCCGGGAGAUCGCGCGCGCGCGCGUCAUUGUGUAAGUGGACUUUUUUGUGUACGCGACGAUCCGGCUGAGAUAGCGGGCUGCCAAUUGCGUCGCU